GUUCCCGGUGCUGGCCUGACCAGUGCGGCUGCUCCGAGGCCCAUGUCGCGCACCUCCAUCACAAUUAUCAGCGGCGAGAAUUCUGGGACUGUUCACCAGAACUCUGAUACUGCUCCUGAUGUUGUGAGACAAAGUGCCGCCGGUGACGGUCACGGUGUCAGUGACGCCGGUGUCAGUGCCGCCGGUGUCAGUGACGGUCUUGGUGUCAGUGCCGCCGGUGACGGUCACGGUGUCAGUGACGCCGGUGUCAGUGACGCCGGCCCUGCCAGUGACUGCGGCUCGGCGAGCGAUACCGGCCCGGGCAGCGUCAGUGACGGCGGCACGCCCUCGCUGCGCGCCCUCUCCACAGCCUCCAGCGGAGGGUCACCCAGCCCGGCGCCGCUGUCUCCCCCGCGAGACAAGCCCACCCCGGCCUCGCGCACCCUGAUGGGGUCCGCGGUGUCACCGGCCACGCCGACUUCUGCUACGAACGGCGGCCGACCGCAGUAUAAAAUCCGCGACGUGCGUCUGACGAUGGGCGCCGACUCGCGACGGUUCGGCUUCUCCGUUAUCGGCGGCGCCGACGAGGGCAUUCGUCCCAAAAUCGACGACGUCGCAGAGGGCUCGCCGGCCGACAAGGCUGACCUGGAGGUGGGCGACGAGAUCCUGGAGGUCAACGGCAGGUCACUGGAGAACGCCACGCACACCGAGGUCAUAUCGCACAUACACCAGUGUAUACGCUCAAGGACAAUCUGUUUACGAGUGAAGCGGAAAGCGGGCAAUAAACUCGCGCUGGACCUCGCUCAGAGCAGUAACGUCCAGGAUGCGUUCGUCAUUGCCGUGGAGCAGCAGGCUCGGGAGCGGCUCGAGAAGCUCUCGGCGCUGCGCAAGAUCAAGCCGGUGGAUAUGACCCGCCUCUCCCAGCAGCUGUCCGACACAGAAAAGGUCCAGGAGAGCAGCCAGUUGAACGGUAUUAUCGAGUCGAACUCAGUGUACGUGACCUCGGUACCGGCACUGAGCCGGGGCAGAGGCGGCGGCGAGGCAGACGGUCCGGUUCGACACCCCUCCGGCGGCGGCGGCGGCGGCGACAGCGCGGCACACGACUCGCUGGACGCCUCGGGCGAGCAGCUCGAGCUGAACCAGCUCCUGGGGAAGAACCGGGCGUCAGCACCCGCCGGCGAGCAGGCAACGCGCUCCCAGUGCGGAUCCCGCCGCGAGACGGGCGAGAAACGCGAGCCGCGCGAGCGACGAGAGAUCAGCGAGGAACGCGAAAAGCGCGAACGGCGCGACAGAAGCGAGGAACGCGAAAAACGCGAACGACGCGAGAAAAGCGAGGAACGCGAUAAGCGCGAACGACGCGAGAAAAGCGAGGAAAGCAAUAAGCGAGAUCGAAACGAUAAAAGUGAGGGACGCCAGAAAAGUGAAGAGCGCGAGAGACGCGAAAAGCACGAGAGGCGCGAGGCGGCGGAGAGACUGGGGCAGAGCGCGGCCAGUGCAGAGAGCGGCCACUCGGGCGAGGCCAUGUCGAGCCGCUGUAACGGCAACGGCCGGGUGGUGGACGACCCGGCGGCCAACACCCGGCUCAGGAGCAAGGCGUUCAUCACGCACAACGACAGCAAGAGGAGCAGCAAGGAGAGCCUCAGCUCACACAAGUCGAGUCGGAGCAGCGGGGCGCGCAGCCGCGCCAGCAGCGUGGAGCAGCUGCAGCUGGAGGCGGUCAUGAGCGAGCUGGACCGCGGCCCGCACCGAGAGAUGGCUGUCGACGUGCCCGAGUCGUUCGUGGCGCGCACCAAGACGCCGCCACGCUACCCGCCGCCGCGCGCGCCCGGCACCGGCACGGCGCCGCGGCCCGGCUCCGGCUCCGGCUCGGGCGCGGCUCCGCGGCCGGAGCCGCCGGCGCCGGCUCCGCGGCCCAGCCUGGACCGGAGCCGCGGGAGCAGCACGGCCAGCCGCGACUCGGAGCCCGGCCGGGAGCAGAUGGAGCGCAUCAGGAAGUACCAGGAGGACAUCCGGCGAGACCGUGAGAUGCGCGACAAACGCUCCAAGGAGGAGGAGUUCCUGCGCUCGUCGCUGCGAGGUAGCGAGAAAAUGAAACGCCUCGAGCACAAGCCCGCACCCACCGGCUUUGUCAACAACGGCUAUGACGCGCAUGCGCACGAUGCCGAUCACGUGACUGCGCCCGGCGGCAUAGACGACUCCCAGCUAAACGUGUCUAACCUAAGCCUCGAAACCACCAUCCUGAACAAGCUGUACCCGUCGGGCGUGGGCGUCCCCCCGGUCGGCACCGCCUCCCCGGCGGCGGCGCCGUCCACCAGUCCCCGGCAGCCGAGUCAGGUGAACCGGCUCAACUCGGGCCGGCAGCGCGCCCAGGUGGUGGCCGCCGGCGCCGCGGCCGGCCCCCGUCCCCGGCUAACGGCCGCCGCCGCCUCCACCGCCGCAGAGCUGGCCGAGCUGCUGGCCUCGCUGAAGCAGAUCCAGCGGGCGCUGAAGGCGAGCGGCGCCGGCCUGCAGCAGGAGCUGGCCGUCGCUCAGUCGCUGCUCACAUCGCCAGAGUUCCAGCGCGUGCUGGCCGUGCACAACAAGGUGCAGGAGAUCUGGUGCUUCAACGCCCCGCCGUCGGCGCUCUGCUUCAACGCCCAGGACGUGGCGCAGGAGGUGGUCGGCGUCCUGCAGGAAUCCUCCUCCCCCGAGGCCGUCGAGCUGGUGGACCUGCUGACGCGCUUCGACAUGGAGGGCCUGCUCUACUCGCACGACCAGAUCGCGGCGCGCGGCUCACCGGCCGACUCUGGAGAGCCGGAGCCGGCGCCGGCGCUGGACGACUACGCCGAGCGCGUGCACCACUACACCGACCCGCGAGUACGCGUCAUACGGCUGGAGAAGACCAACGAGCCGCUGGGUGCCACCGUGAAGAACGAGGGUGACUCAGUGCUGGUCGGUCGUAUCGUGAAGGGAGGAGCGGCCGACAAGUCCGGCCUCCUCCGGCCAGGGGACGAGAUUCUCGAGGUUAACGGCAUCGAGAUGAGGGGCAAGUCGGUGGAUGACGUGUGCGACAUCCUGGCCGGCAUGACGGGCAGCCUGGUGUUCCUGGCGCUGCCCAGAGACGAGCAGGAGGAGCCCGAGAAGACUAAACCGCCCCAGGCAGUGUUACACGUGAAGGCGCACUUUGACUAUGACCCGGAGGACGACAUCUACAUGCCGUGCCGCGAGAUCGGCAUGUCGUUCCAGAAGGGCGACAUCCUGCACGUGACCAGCCAGGAGGACCCCGACUGGUGGCAGGCCACGCGCGACGGCGACGAGGACCUGCCGCUCAGCGGGCUCAUACCCAGCCUCAGCUUCCAGACACAGAGGGAAACACUCAAACAAUCAAUCAUAGAUAGCAGUCGAAAGGAAGGCAAGAAGAAUAAGUUCCUGUGUGCUAAGCGUACGAAUAAGAAGAAGCGGAAAAUGUAUAAUGCAGAGUACAAUGAUGAUUACGAGGCGAACGAGAUCCUCACGUACGAGGAGGUGGGCCUGUACUACCCGCGCGCCAACCACAAGCGUCCGGUGGUGCUGAUCGGACCGCCCAACAUUGGCCGCCAUGAGCUGCGUCAGAAGCUGAUGGAGGACACGGAGCGCUUCUCGGCGGCCGUGCCUCACACGAGUCGGCCCCGUAAGGACACAGAGGUGGACGGCCAGGACUACCACUUCAUCUCGCGGCCGCAGUUCGAGCAGGACAUCGUCAACCGGCUGUUUGUGGAGCACGGCGAGUACGAGCGCGCUUACUACGGCACCAGUGUCAGCGCCAUCCGCACCGUGGUCAACAGCAGCAAGAUCUGCGUGCUCAACCUGCACCCGCACAGCCUGAAAAUCCUCAAAACCACCGACCUGAAGCCGUUCGUCGUGUUCGUGGCGCCGCCGUCGCUGGAGAAGUUGCGACAGCUCAAACAGAAGGCCGGCGAACAAGUCAGGGACGACGAACUGAAGCAGAUCAUAGAGAAGGCGCGCGAAAUUGAGGAAGUGUACGGUCACUAUUUCGACAUCGUCAUAAUCAACUCUGACCUGAACCGGGCGUACGAGCAGCUCAUCCACGAGAUCAACACGCUGGAGCGCGAGCCGCAGUGGGUGCCGGCCUCGUGGCUGCGGCAGGACCUGGCGUAGCGGCGUCCCGGCAGCGAGCGGCCGCUCCGGCCCCGCCGCCCGGCUGAGCUCCGGCCGCGUUACCCGGCGCCGCCUCCCGCCCGCGGCCAGCUACCCACUCAUCGCCAGCGGCCGGCGCCAGCUCCGUGUUGUGGUAUUUCUUCUUUGGCCGCGUUGUGAGGCCGUCGGGCCCGCCGCGCACGUCCGGGGGCCGCGGCUCGGCGCACCCUGGGGACGUCGCUCGACACCCGGUGCCGAUAUUCGGCACUGGCCGGCGGCGCGGGACCGGCCGGCCGGCCGGGCGGCGCGUGCUUCCAGACGGCGGCCGGCCUCGGUGUACGUCUUCCCGUGUGUCGCGCCCAGGGAGGGCUCUCUCCACCGGUCGGCCGCGGGGCCCGCCACCGCUCACCAGCGCCCGUGUACAGGAUCGCCCCGACCUGUGUAUAGCGUUAUUACGUUACCCUGUAUAUUGUUGUUACCGUGUAUACCUGAAAAUAAAUAUACGUUUCACGCAGUG